AUGCAAUGCAACUCCGACCACAACUUUAAGAGGUCGAACGUCAACAAUACACCAAAUGGAUGUUGCAGGUCCAUCUACACCUAUAUCGCUGCCCACUCCCUACAGCUACCACUCCUGUAUCCUUCCUCUUUUCUGCCUCCAAGUGCCAACAGCUACCGUAAACAAGCGGUGAGCACUGACAUCGGAGUAAAGAUGGGCAUCAAAGGCUUAUUGCCUAUGCUCAAGUCCAUCCAGAAGCAGUGCACUCUGAAGAAGUUCUCGGGUCAGACCAUUGGUGUCGACGCUUAUGGCUGGUUACAUCGCGGUGUGGUGGGCUGUGCCUUCGCCCUUGCCCUCGACAAGCCGACCACCAUCCACAUCGAUUUUGUGUUAAGCCGAGUUCGGAUGCUGCUUGACUUCGGGGUUACUCCAUAUUUGGUCUUCGACGGGGAUAACCUGCCCAGCAAAGCAGGAACAAAUGCAGCUCGGCGCAAGAAAAGAGAAGAAAGCAGAGCAUUGGGUCUAGAACUGCACAAGGCCGGGAGAACCACGCAGGCACAACAAGAACUUCAGAAAGCCAUCGAUGUUACCCCUCUUAUGGCUCGACAAUUGAUUGAGGAACUGAAGAAGCUCAACGUCCAGUAUGUCGUAGCUCCAUACGAGGCCGACGCACAGUUGGUCUAUCUGGAACGAAAGGGUAUCAUCAAUGGGAUUCUGGCCGAAGACUCGGACAUGCUCGUAUUUGGUGCUCAACGGUUAUUGACCAAGCUUAAUCAGUACGGCGAAUUGGUCGAGAUUGAGCGGUCAGACUUUCCCAUGUGCAAGGACAUCUCGCUUGCAGGCUGGACCGACACGAUGUUUCGGCGUAUGGCCAUCCUCAGCGGCUGCGACUAUUUGCCAAAUAUCGGCAAAUUGGGCUUGAAAACGGCCCAUGGACUGGUCCGCAAGCAUACCGACAUCGAGAAGAUCCUUCGGCUGAUCCAGUUGGAAGGCAAGUUGAUCGUCCCGAAUGGCUAUAUGGAGCAAUUUCGACAAGCAGAAUUGACGUUUCUGCAUCACCGCGUCUUCUGUCCGAUCGCACAAAAAGUGGUGUUUCUGAAUGAACUUGGUCCCGGAUUGUUAGAUUCAGACAUGCCGUAUCUGGGGCCUGAUGUGGAAGCUUCCACGGCUGUUGGUGUCGCCUGCGGUGACCUGGAUCCAUUUUCGAAGAGACCCAUUCAGCUUAACAGCAGCAAAUCUCUGGUUCGUCCCGCAUUGGGAGAGCGUAGGAGCCAGAGCUACGCCUCUGCCCCGGACCUGAAACCAAAGAAGUCGAUAGAGACAUUUUUCAAGCCGCAGCGCCAACCUCUCGCUGAAUUAGAUCCUAACAGCCUCACCCCUUCUCCCUCACAACAGCGACUGCUGCAACGUAAUCGGAACGUGUCCUGGGAACCAAGGCUGGUUUCUUCCGCUCCUGCUUUGAGGCGAAGUACAACAACAUCAGCGGCGGCCGGCAGUACGACAGACCGCACAGCGUUUCUGGCUAGAGCUUCCACAAUAUCGACCUUUCAAUCGGCAAAGAGACAACGGCUGUGCUCGGAUUCACUGGACCCUUCGCCAACCCGAGAGGUGAAGCAAAGUCCCUUUUUCAAUGCCAAAGGUGAAGAAGCCAGUCCUUUGGCCCAAAAGAUGCGCAAGAACAAGAAAAAUGCCAAGACCAAAUUCGAGGUCUUUUUGGAUCAUUGUGAAGGAGAAAUGCUGCUUGAGCCCGAAAUCCAGCAAGCGGCGAGUCCCGCCAAGGAUAGCACGACACCAAGCUUGACAGGGCCGGAAGUACGUUAUCCAUCUCUAGGUCUCGAAUCACAGGAAUCCAUACUACAAUCCUCUCCCGCAGCCGGGCCUUCAAAGAAGCCUCCACCGCCAGGCAAGCCUGAGGGAGGUGGUACCCUUGCUGUGAGGGGAAUAAGCCAGGACGAUGAUCCCGAAGCUUUUGAGGAUUUGCUCGACUACCACGUUCGAAAGCAGAAUGAAUCAUUGAUGAAGACCUUUGCUUUCCAACCUCGAGAGAACCGAAACUCUGUUACGAGGUCACUGUUCCCUGUGGAAUUGAGGCAGCAGACGUCCGCUUUCCGAUCUGAGAUCGAACUGGAUGUUCGUAAAAAGUCACCGAGUGCAAAAGAGAUUCGGUCGUCUCGUCGGGAAGUGGAACUAGAACAGACCUUCGCAUACCAACCACUCGAGGUGCAGCAAUCAGCUUUGAGGUCGCUGAACAAGCAACGCUCUUCCGCAGCAUCACCUGCAACUAUCACCAAGCGUGAUGAACGUGGCUCAACAGCAAUUUGGCGAAGUGAGGGUCGUGGCAGUGAGGACGCGAUAAUACCAAACAGCGAAGAUGAAAGGUCGGAGGUGGGCUCACCAGCACAGCAGCCCAAGUUUGAUCUCAGCUCGUUUGCAUUUGUACCGGCUUGA